UGUCCUCAGUCACAGUUCACUUGAAGCAGCCAAAAAGGACAGAACCAGCUGUAUAAUCACUGCCUAGGACACAUUAAGAAGCAAGUAGAAGACGCAAGACUGCAGCAAAAUGGCUCUACGAUGCACUCUGGCCGCAAUUCUGAUGACCAUUCUGCUGAUGACGUUCCUUUUGCUGCACUCCAGCGAGGCUGCCUAUAGGAAGCCACAGCCACCCUUUAAUGGCAGCAUUUUUGGCAAACGAAAUGCUCUGGCAGACUAUGACAAUGCCAAAUCGAUGAGCGCCGUCUGCGAGGUGGCCAUGGAGGCAUGUCAAUCGUGGUUCCCACAAAACGACAGCAAAUAGGAACACGCCCUUAAAAUGCGGCAAUUACUGGAACUGGGACUGAUCUUGAACUUGCAUUGCAGCUGCAGUCAGGGCGGAAAUGGUAGACGUUAAAAAUAAUAGCUUGUAUCAAUUUCUUAGUCUAAGCUGAGCUCAUAACACAUACUAUAUAUUAACACUUAACAAAUGUAUUACUCAAAAACAAAAUAUAUACAAUAACA